AUGGGCUCUUUUCUUUCUCGAUUAUUCUUUUCACAAAUUAUCAGUUACAAACACUCGAAAAUUGUCAUUCUCGGACUCGAUAAUGCAGGUAAAACUGCAACAUUGUAUAAAAUUGGAUUGAAUGAAAAUGUCACAACUGUUCCAACCGUUGGAUUUAAUUGUGAAACGAUUCAGUAUAAUAAUGUGAGAAUGUUAAUUUUUGAUUUGGGAGGUCAAGCGAAAAUUCGACAAGUUUGGCAACAUUAUUUGGAAAAUACCGAUGCCAUUAUUUAUGUUGUGGAUUCUGCUGAUCCGACGAACAAGCAAGACUUGUCAGAAGCUUUACCGGCCUCUCAAAUUGCAGAAGAAUUGAAUUUGAAAAGUAUUAAACAAGAUUAUCAUUUACAAGAUUGCUCGGCCAUUACUGGAAAAGGAUUAUAUGAAGGAUUUGAUUGGUUGUCUGGAAAAAUUGCAUAA